AUGAUGUUGCAGUUCUUCAAGCCUACCGCAGUCAGGUCGGUUGGUGUCCUGGGACAAGCGACAAAGAACCGAGCACAAGCUCGCUUUAUGGCUACUUUUCAGAACAACACACCUCGACAGGUCCCUACGCCUCACCGGAAGGCCACCCCCAUCUCUACUGAGAGGGCUACAUUCACAAUCAAGAAUGGACCCAUCUUCUCCGGAAAGUCGUUUGGCGCCAAAGUCAACAUGUCGGGUGAGGCUGUCUUCACCACCUCGCUUGUCGGAUACCCCGAGUCGAUGACCGAUCCUUCCUAUCGCGGUCAGAUCCUCGUCUUCACUCAGCCCUUGAUUGGCAACUACGGUGUGCCAUCCUUGGCCCGUGAUGAGCAUGGCUUGCUCCGUCACUUCGAGUCUCCUCACAUCCAGGCGUCUGGAAUUGUUGUCCAGGACUACGCUCUGAAGCACAGCCAUUGGACCGCUGUCGAAAGUCUUUCCGAAUGGUGCGCUCGCGAGGGCAUCCCCGCCAUCUCCGGCGUAGACACCCGUGAGGUUGUCACAUACCUCCGUGAGCAGGGUUCUUCUUUGGCUCGCAUUACCAUUGGAGAAGAGUACGACGCCGACGAGGAUGAGGCCUUCGUUGACCCUGAGGCUAUCAACCUCGUCCGCAGGGUCAGCACCAAGGCUCCGUUCCACGUGAGCUCCUCGCUCGGCGAUAUGCACGUCGCUUUGAUCGACUGUGGUGUCAAGGAGAAUAUCCUACGCAGCCUCGUUUCCCGCGGAGCCAGCGUCACCGCUUUCCCCUUCGAUUACCCGAUCCACAAGGUCGCCCACCACUUCGACGGUGUCUUCAUCUCUAAUGGACCAGGUGACCCAACCCACUGCACCUCCACCGUGUACAACCUACGCAAGCUUUUCGAGAGCUCUCAGCUCCCCAUCAUGGGCAUCUGCAUGGGUCACCAGCUGCUCGCCCUCGCUGCGGGGGCUAAGACCAUCAAGCUCAAGUACGGCAACCGCGCGCACAACAUCCCGGCUCUCGACCUCACCACCGGAAAGUGCCACAUCACCUCGCAGAACCACGGCUACGCCAUCGACCCCACGACCCUCCCCGCAGACUGGAGGGAGUACUUCACCAACCUGAAUGACCAGUCCAACGAGGGCCUCAUUCACAACACCCGCCCCAUCUUCAGCGCGCAGUUCCACCCCGAAGCCAAGGGCGGACCGCUCGACUCUGGAUACCUGUUCGACAAGUACAUCGAGAGCGUCAAGAAGUACAAGGACCAGCAGGCUAUGUUCUCUGACAGGAACAACAAGCCCAGUCCGUUGUUGGUGGAUUUGCUCAGCAAGGAGCGUGUUGGCGUGCACCCUGCACACCCCGAUGACUCUGAGGGCGCCCACACUGUUGGCAAUCUUCAGGAGAUUACCAUGGACACGAAGGGUACUCCGGCUCCUCAACCGAUCGCUGCCGCUGCGUAA